AUGGAGCUAUCGCACCAGCGCCCAGACCGUCCACACCGCCCUCCCGGCCUCACACUCUGGCCUUCAAGCUCCUACUCAUCCUUCACCCCCUCGCACACCUCAAGCAACCCCUACAUCAGCACUGCACCCACCGCCUACAACCCCACUUCAUCUCCACCUCCACCACGGACCGACUCGCGUACCUCCUCCUCCUCCUCCUCCCUCGACAAACCUCCUUCCAUCGACAUCCCCCGCCAUGUCUCCGCCGCCCUCUAUGCCAAAGGCCUCAACGUCAGCGACAUUGGCCUCGUCACUUUCCGCACCGACAGCCGGUCUCAUCCUCGGAAUUGGCCAUUGCUGAGGAAGAUUUUCGAUACGAGUCUAAUUUGCUUUCUUGAAUUCUUCAUGACGCUGGUCAGUAUCGCCGGGUCUGUGGCAGCGGAUAUUACUGGCAAGUCCCUAGGCUUCAGCUUCGUAGGAUCGAUCUGCUCGUGGGUGACGUUAUAUAUGCUUGCGCAGGCUGUCGGUGCGUUGGUAUUCCCGCCCAUCGUGGAACGCUUCGGUUGCAGGCUCAUUUAUACGACGUCAACAUUCGUCUUUUGCUUGGCGUGUCUCUUGAUCGCGGUCUGGCCGACGAAAGAGAGCGUGAUUGUCGGGCGGAUCGUCUCGGGCCUGGUAUCUGCUAUGCCGGCUGUUGUGGCGACUGGGAGUCUGGAGAAUAUGUGGGAUACGAGAGGCAGGAUUUGGAUCAUUCAUCUUUGGAUCAGUGGGGCGGUGUUGGGGAUGGCGGGUGGGCCUGCUGUGGCGACUUAUAUCUCGCAGUCUGCUUUUGGAUGGCCAUUCGUCUACGGCAUCGCCGGCAUCACCGCCUUUGUCCUAACUCUCCUCUGCAUCCUCAUGCAAGAAUCCCGACCCACGCAAGUUCUGCAACAACAAGUCCGUAAGAUUUCCAAGCGUGUGCAAUUCGACCAGCUCUCAGCAGACACCGGCACUCUCCCGUCAUUCAGAGAGUUCGUCCGCUCUUCCCUCUGGCGGCCAAUGCAAUUCUACUUCACGGAACCGAUCGUGUUCGUCGUCUCGUUCAUGGGUGCGUUCGUCUACGGCCUGAUAUACCUCUUCUCGGCGUGUCUCACGAGAGUCUACGUCGACGGCUUUGGGAUGGAGCGAGGAUCUGCUUCGCUUGUGAUGCUGGCGCUGGCAGUUAGUAUUCCUUUUACUUUCCUGCCGAGAAUUUAUGACAUCCGGCUUAUCCACAGGAUCGAGCGGAGUGGCAAGAGUGUCAAGCCGGAGGACAAAUUGUUCGGGUUUUACCUUGCGGCUCCAGUUUUGGCAGCUGGGCUCUGGUGGUUCGCAUUUAGCGUUCCACAUGGUUCUUCAUGUACAGCGGUGGCGUUGUGGUCGUCGAUGGGAGCCUUGAUACUGGUUGGCUAUGGUGUCAUCGAAUUCGACACUACACUCAGCGGAUAUCUCGUCGAUGCCUACGGGAGCUACGCCGCUUCUGCGAACGCGCCCAUGUCCUUCCUCCGAGCCGUACUGUCAGGAGUCUUCCCUCUGUUCGCUAACCAGAUGUUUGAAGGUAUGGGUAAUAGGGAUGCACUGAUCUUGCUGGCUAGCCUCGCGACUUCAUUCUGUGUUGUUGCGGCCGUUUUCAGGGUGUAUGGACGAGGACUUCGCCAAAGGAGCCGCUUUGCGGAGGAGCAGCAGGGUCAAGAGAUUCUCGUUGAAGACAAGUGGGAUGAGCCGUGA